GCUCCUCGGGAUGAUGAUGGCGUCCCAGUGCACGGAGCAAGCCGUGCAGGAGUUCCUGAUGGAGAGAGGAGGGAGGGUCCAACAGAUGGAGCUGAUUGAUCAUUUCCUAUCAAUCUGGGGGAAGAAUGACCAGUCUAAGGAAGGCGUGGAGCGUGAGAUGCUGACCCGCAUCGUGGACAACGUGGGAUUCGUGAAGGUGGAAAACGGCGUGACAUUUGUGUGUUUGAAAGCUGAAGGCAGCGAGGUGUCGGUGAUGCGUACGGACACGGACGCUGAGUGCAACGGUAAUAUCCAGGAGACAGUGGACGACAACAACUAUGUGAACGGCAACCCUGACAACGGAGACCAAACAGGAGCAUCCAGCUCAUUGGCUGUCAGUCUGGACAAUGACAAACAGUCAAAUGGCAACGGGCAACCUGCAGACCCCUCCCCGAAUAAUAAGACCAACACAGCAGCUCCUACCUCCAGUGGAGGAGGGGAGGUGAAGCUGAGGGAGAGGAGGAGGCGCGAGUCGGCCCCGGUGAUCGGGGUGCCAGAUCUGGACCAGGCUCACCCUGCAGGGUUGCACAGCCAGCAGGUGAGAGGGGCACGCAGGGUAUCCAAAGGGUCCCAGCGGGCCAUGCUGAUCAGCUGCCUAUCUGAGGACAGCGCCUUGGAAGGGCUGGACCCUAUUGGAGAUAUCAACACACCCAAGGGAAGUCGCAGGAACUUCAUAGAGCUGAUGAUGAGCAGUUCUCCUCAGGUUCGGAGGUCUCUGAUCAACCGCGGCUCACGCCUCCGGGACUCAGUGAAGAGCGAUGGAGAUUCGACAUCGCUCCUCUCCUCAGCCACUGAUGAGGACUGCGCCUCAGUGACCCUGGACCCACUGGAGCACGAGUGGAUGCUGUGCGCCUCAGAUGGCCUGUGGGAAAGCCUGCAGCCCCUGCUCGCUGUGGAGCCUUGCCUAGUGGCCAAGAGAGACUUUGUGACGGGCUUUACGUGCCUCCACUGGGCGGCUAAGCAGGGCAAAGCUGAGCUUCUCUCCCAGCUGCUGGUCUUUGCCAAGGAGAACGCUAUACCUGUGAAUGUAAAUGUGAGAUCAAGCGCUGGAUACACACCGCUACACCUGGCAGCUAUGCACGGACACACACAGGUGGUUCGUGUGUUGCUGUCAGACUGGGAGGCAGACCCUGAGGCUCGAGAUUACAGCGGGAGGCGAGCCAUCCAGUACCUGUCCCCCCCGCUGGCCGCUGACCUGCAGGAGGAGGGGGUGGUCCUCUCACCGGGAGCUGAGUCAGACAACGAAAACACUAACAGCAGCAGCGGUGGAGGGCGCGGAUGGCGGUUUCCCAGAGUCCUCACGGGCAAUCUGAACCCGCUGCGGCUCUUGAACCCGCCCUCAGAGGCAGCAGAGGAAGCGGUCGCGACUGGAAGGACCAAGGGGGGAAUCCAGAGGAAGUCAUCCCUGAGCCGGCUGAACGCCCGGCUGCACAGAGGACGCCACCGAGCCCAGAUCAUUCACAGCGCUUCCUUCAGGGACCCGGGGGAAGUGGGAAGAGGAGAGGAGCUCCCCAGCAGCCCUCUCCGAACCCGACCACUGUCCAACCUGUUUGGAUGAAGUUACACAACUCUGAACCAGCGAUGUAGAGAUAUAAACCAGUCUGACAUCUUUUGAUUUACAAAAUACAGUUUACUCACCUUUAUAAGCUGUCAGGUCAGACAUUUUUAUGACCAAAUUCAGAGUAUACAUCCUAAUAUAUCACGUCAGGCUGAUUUAAAAAGUUUUAUUAAAUAGGAUUUUAAAUUAAUAAAUGACAAAUGUUUGUUUGUCUAAAAAUCUAACUUAUUUUUGCUCCUCUUGCAGUUGUUAGGCUUAUGUUGAUCACUGGGGAUAGGUCACAGUUCAUGUAGCAUUUUAUUUGACACAGCAAUUCACUGAGUUAAAACUGAACUUCUGUUCUGUGAAUUGCUCUUUACUUUUGUUUUCUACAAUGUUUUUAGGCUCUGUUUCAGAGCAGAUAGCAAACAUUACACCAGGUGUUUUUUUAGUUUUAAUACUUUACACUAGAACAAUGUUUACACAAAUGCAAAAGCAACAACCAGGAUUGUAUGAGAACUUUAGUUUCGACUCACAGCGGUGAGGGAUUUGAAAAUACCGUUUAGGUUUGAUUCCACACAGUUAUCCCAAAUUUUGUUUUUGUUUGCAGAGUAAAGUAAUAUAUUCAUAGAACUAAUUUUCUACAUUUCAACCUCCUUUGACUGGAUGGUGCUGACGUUUUUUUUUGUUUUUUUUUUGUAAAUUUCUCUAAUGUGAAUGAAUCUUUUUAUUUUUCAGUAUCAGAUUUUAGUAUUCAAACUGUUAUAACCACAGAACUCUUGUAUGUCCAAACAACCAUGUACAGAUGUCCUGUUUGCACUUGUCACUUUGAAGAUAGUUUGUGAUUAUGGGAGAAAACAGCUAGGUAGGGUGCGGGGGGCUCCGGGCUGUCAUGGCUUUAGUUAGAUCCGAGUAUCUUUAUAAAGACUGAUACACAGUUACACAGUAGGACUGUUUCACACGGUGGAAGCACAUGGAGCACUGAUGUUGUUUAUGUGAGUUUUUCUGCUGACUAUAAUGUACCUCAAAUCCUCUGAGUCUGGUUCACUCAGUUUUACAUUUCUUCAUGGACCUCUUAAUAGCAGACUGCAGUGUCUUCAUCAGGCAGAAUUGGCUCAUGUCGAAGUCUCAUUUAAGUUUUAGUUAAACAGAGUAGCACUGAUUUGUAUUACAGUAAAAAUGCAAUCAAACAAACUGAUUCAUAUCCACCAUAUCAGUCUGGACCAGAUUUUAUACUUGCCCUUUAUUGGCCUCUUGUAUUGAUCUAACCUUGCAUGUACACAAUCAUUUGUUCAUUAAUUAUGUCAUUAUGUGAAUAGUAAAGAGUCUAGACCAGUAUAUGCUGUAUCUGAGGAGCACAUUGACUUUUUGACUGUUUUCCCAAAUAUGUGAACCUUACUUAUACCUGACUAUUGGAUCAAUGACACAUUUUAAAUUUCAUGAAUGUUCCUUUAGUACUUUGUAGCAUUUGUACUCAAAUCAUAGGGCUUCAUGUAAUUGACUCUUGAUGUAGAAAUGUAUUGUACAAACCUACCUUGGGGAAAUGUAAAUGCUGUGCACUGUUAAUUUUUAUGUC